AUGACUGUAACUGAAGUUGAAAGCAUGCUGGUGAGCAAAGGGAUUGUUGAUGGUUCAAAUUCAGGUGUUAGAUUUGAUGUGGCUUCAUCCACGAAUCAGAGCAACUUUGAAAAUGAAGAGUCAGAUCCAGAGAUUAGGAAACUGGUGCAUGACAGCAUCACAGUAUUUUUCUUUGCAAAAGAAGGUAACGGUUGUGUCCUUAACUCGACUAGGGAAAAUACUUUUGCACCUGUUACUAUCAAUUUCCAGCAUAGUCUUGGCCAGAAGUUUAGACACCCAUAUGGAACUGGUAUCACUCUUUCAAUGUUCGAGGAAUCCAAGUUGUUGAAAGUGGGCGACCUAGACGUCUAUCCUGUAGCAGUUAAAGCAGAUGCAUCUUUCGGUGACAUGAACGGAACAAAUGAAACUCCAACAUCUGGUAAUAAAACAAACACAAACUCUCAGAUAACUCGAGCAGUGUUUGAGAAGGAGAAAGGAGAAUUCUGGGUGAAGGUUGUUAAGCAGAUAUUGUGCAGGAGAUAUAUGGUAUUGGAACUUCAAAUGAUGCUGAUCUUAGCCGGUGAUAUCACUAAUACUAAUGCUAAAUCAUUGGGAAAUGUUAAAUGA